CUAAAUUAAUUAAUAAAUAAAACAUUUACUAGUGCAAAAUCUAGUUGUAUAAUUUAUUUAAAAAAGAACCUCUUAUAUGUGUAUGUAGAAUGACCUAAGUGUAUUGUGGUUAGAAUUGUUAUUAGACUAUAUUAUAAAAAGUGUAAUUUUAGUAACUCUUUUUUUUAUAAAUAAUGGAAAAAGAAGCAAAAGCUUGUCAAGGAAAGGAUGUUUUUGAGAGAAUGAAUUAUUUAUAUCAGGCUAGUCAUUUAAUAGCAUUAAAAAAUAGAGUUGCAGCUUCUUAUUACGGAAAUACAAUGAUGGGUUGUGCCAAGAAAGCUGUACUACGCAUAGAACCAAAUAUAAAAAGAACGAUAUGUAAACGAUGUCAAUCUCCUUUAAUACCUGGAGAAACAGCUAGAGUAAGAUUAUGUUCUAAACAUAUUAAAGGAGUCAAAUGGACAUGUUUAAUCUGUUUGAAUAGUAAAAAAUAUCCUACUAAAAAAGGAUACAAGUUAUGGAUAGAUCAGCCGGAAGCAAUAGUUGAAAUUCUUCAUUAUGUUCCUAAACAAAAAUCUAUUGACUGUGAUAAGAACAAAAUAGAUGAUAAUAAAACUGAACCAUCUGAUAAUACGAAUAUAGAGAAAAAAUCAGAACAUAAUCUUGAUUGAGACAAUUUCAUGUGUUGUAUAGUAAAUUUGAUGUACGAAUAUUUUUUAUUAAUCACUUACAUAAAAUAUGUUACAAUAUUACAAUAAAUUUGUAAUUAAUAAACAGA